AUGGGUGCCACCUGGGGGAGCCCAGGGUGGGGGAGGUUCGCGCUCUGCCUCGCGGGCCUUGUGCUAUCUCUCUACGCGCUGCACGUGAAGGCGGCGCACGCCCGGGACAAGGAUUACCGCGCGCUCUGCGACGUGGGCACCUCCAUUAGCUGUUCGCGCGUCUUCUCCUCCAGGUGGGGUCGGGGCUUUGGGCUGGUGGAGCCCGUGCUGGGCCCUGACAGUGUCCUCAAUCAGUCCAACAGCAUUUUCGGCUGCAUCUUCUACACACUACAGCUGUUGCUAGGCUGCCUGCGGGGCCGCUGGGCCUCCGUCCUACUGGUGCUGAGCUCCCUGCUGUCUCUCGUUGGCUCUGUCUACCUGGCUUGGAUCCUCUUCUUCGUGCUGUAUGAUUUCUGCUUUGUUUGCAUCACGACCUACGCCAUCAACGUGGGCCUGACAGUGCUCAGCUUCCGAGGGGCCCAGGGACCCCAAGGCAAGGCCAAAGUGCACUGA